AUGCGCGCGCAUCCCUUCAUUUCGCCGCAUGCAUCCGUUGAUCCCCGACACUUCAGCCGACGACCUGACGAGCUGAGCUCCUCUGGAAGUUGUGGUUAUCGAUCCAUGGCGGACAUACAGUGCGACCAGCAGCCCACCAAGCUGAGGCCGAGCGCGUCGUCGUCGCUGAGGAUCUUCGGCUACGACGUGGCCGGCGGUGGCACUACCGACAUCGUCGUGCCGCGGGACGGCCGGCCGGCGGCGGACGGGCGCAGGUUCGAGUGCCAGUACUGCUGCCGCGAGUUCGCCAACUCGCAGGCGCUAGGCGGGCACCAGAACGCGCACAAGAAGGAGAGGCGGCAGCUGAAGCGCGCGCGCCAGCUCGCCGUCGCCGCCCGUCCCGUUGCGGGCGGCUUGGCGGCGUUCUGCGCUGCGGGUUUCGUCGCGCCGCCGCCGCCCGGGCACCUGAUGGCCCUGGGCCACGCCGGGUCGAACGCGUAUGCGCCGGGCCCUAUCCCAAGCUGGGUGUACCUCGCGCACCAGCCCACCAUGGGUCCACCUCGCGCACCUCCGGCUGAUGUCGACGCCGAGGAAGCCUCGGCGAUGGGGCUGAACCUGCGUCUCAGCCUUGCUCCAGCCAGUUCAUGGUGAACGGAAUACAAACCGUUCCCCACCCUCUCGCCCACUGCGAAACGGAACAACAUGUCGCUCGCACGCCAGAAUCAAAGAUCUAUGUUUGAGUUCCUUUCUUCUCUUCUUUUCUUUAUCUUCGCAAGUCCCAUUUUCUUUGCAUAUACCAUAGCUCAGUUGAUGUUGCGCAAAGUGCAGGAGGAGAACAUCUACUAGUUGUUUUGACACCA